AUGGAAUCUUCUGCAGCUUUAUUGCCGUUACUCGCUGAAUAUCUCAUCAUCAAUGCACCGUCACUGCUUGAUGACUUCCUUGAUGCUCAACUUGCCAUCUCUUCAUCGGUUUCGAAUGAUUCAGGUAGGAUAUUUGACGGUUAA